AGAUUGCUAGUGUCUUACAGGCCGCUAGCUAAAUCGACAGCAGGCGCGCCGCGAAGCAGCACCGCAACGGAAGCACAAGGAGCAUGGCUACUACACAACCAGGCGUCCCAGCACCACCACGGCCACCGCCGGCACCGCCCGCGCCCGUACCACCAGCUGUGCCUGCACGCAAGCCCAGCCCAAGGGCCUGCGCCGCACUCGCCGUCAUCGGGAAGAAGAACCGGCCACUCGCUUUCCGUGUUUACGACGCGAAUAGUGACGCGUACCUGCGGAAUCUCAUCCUGUGCUCCCUGGACGUCGUCGACGAGUGCGCCCAAGCGCAGGAGAAUAGCCGAGACGAGUUCCUGGGUGUGGCGACGACGGUCGACGGCCGCAAACUUUAUGCCAGUAGGACGGCGACGGGCAUAACCCUGUGCGCGGUGUUGGACGCGGCCGCGGGCGUCCCGGAGGCACACGUCCGCGCAUGUUUAGCUGACGCGAGAAAGGCCUACGCCAAGUGCCUGGCGAACCCCUUCUUUAAACUGGACGGGGGCGAGAUCACGUCUCCAGUCUUCGCGACGCGCGUCGACGAGGCCGUGCGACUGAGGUUGGAGAGCGCGGCCGUCGUGCGGGCACCGCCGUCGCAACGGCCGACUCCUCCUCCAACACCUCCGAGGUAAUUUAUUG